GGCGAGGUUCUGUUCAUCACGAAAGUGAGUCGGUUGCAUAUGGGCGUGUAUCUCUGCAUCGCCUCCAACAGCGUGCCUCCUUCUAUCAGCAAAAGGAUCUCGCUCAAGGUACAAUUUCCACCGAUGCUGUCAAUAUCAAAUCAACUUGAAGCUGCCUACGUAGGUCAAGACGUCACACUUGAAUGCAAAACUGAAGCUUUUCCAUCUUCAAUCAACUAUUGGACAACAGAAAGAGGAGAUAUGAUCAUCUCAGGUGACAAAUACGAGGCAGUGGCGAUGGACAACGGAUACAAAAAAUUCAUGAUGCUCAAAAUACGAAAAGUUGACAAGUCAGACUUCGGAUUCUACAAGUGCGUUGCGAAAAAUUCUCUAGGCGAGACAGAUGGAGUUAUCAAACUUGAAGGUAAGCUGUUCUCUUUUUAUAUGUUUUUAAGUUCUUAG